AUGGCCGUGGAAGCGAUUCUCUCAACAGUCUUAGGACUGAUCAUCAAGUUGACAGCACCUUCUGUAUUUCGAUAUCUGGGCCCAAUUUGGGGAGGAGUUGAUGGGCAGCUGGAGAAGCUCCGCAGGUAUUUACUUCAAAUCCAGCGGCAGCUCAUGGAACAGGCUGUCAGGUCCUGGCUGAUGCUGCUCAGAGAUGUUGCCUAUGAUGCUGAGGACAUUCUUGACCAGGCCAACACACAUGUCCUGCUCAUCCAGCGCAAGGCCGAGUUUUAUGGUUCCUUGAAAAGCAAGGUGCGUGACUUUUUCUCUCUUCAUCAUAACCCACUCCUGUUUCAACUUCAGCUGGGGGAUAAACUUAAAAGCAUCAACAAAAGAAUAGAUGAUGUCGUAGAGGAGAUGCAUACCUUCAAUUUUAAUGUUGUCGACAACAAAAACAACAACAGCGACAGGCCUUGGAGGAAUAGGCCACAAACACAUUCCUAUGUACCUGAAUCAGAUGUGAUCGGCAGAGAUGAAAAUAAAAAAGAAAUAGUGCAGAUGCUGAUACAUGACCAUUUUGAAGAGAAAGUAGCAGUGGUUUCCAUAGUCGGUAUGGGCGGUUUAGGCAAGACAACACUUGCUCAGUUGAUCUAUGGAGAUGAAAAUGUGAAGAAUCACUUCCAACUGCGCAUAUGGGUAUGUGUCUUUGAUGAUUAUGAUGUGCCAAAGCUUGCUAGAAACAUCAUGCUCGCUUCCUCUGAGAAAUCUUAUGAUCAUACAAACAUGGAGGUGCUACAGCGUGAUCUACGGCAGCUCCUGGGGCAGAAGAGGUAUCUGCUUGUAUUGGAUGAUGUUUGGAAUGAAAAUCACAUGAAGUGGGAUGCACUUAGACAGCUGCUUCUUGAUGGAGCAGAAGGAAGCAGAAUUUUAGUAACCACACGCAACGAGAACUACUCAAGGAUAAUGGGUGCAAGAAAACCUUAUCCUCUACAGGGGUUUAUCAGAAGAAAGCUCCUGGGCUUUGUUUGA